CUCCCGGCGCCUCAGCGCGCGCCCAUGCCCAGGCUCGGCGGCGCCAGGUUGUCUUCUGAAUUUUGUGUCUGAAGGUACCCUCUUGCUUUCUCAGCAAAUCAUGGACAUCGUUGGCUUUCUGAAGUCUCAGUUCAUUUGCCACCUGCUGAUCUGCUACAUAUUUAUAGUGUCAGGACUGAUCAUUAACUUCAUUCAACUCUUUACACUUAUACUUUGGCCAAUCAACAAGCAACUGUUCAGGAGGAUCAACUGCAGGCUGGCUUACUGCAUUUCAAGCCAGAUGGUAAUGCUACUGGAAUGGUGGUCAGGCACCGAUUGCACCCUCUACACUGAUCCAGAGAGUUACCACAAGUAUGGGAAGGAGAAUGCCAUUGUAAUUCUAAAUCACAACUUUGAAAUUGACUUUCUCUGUGGCUGGAAUUUCUGUGAAAGAUUUGGAGUCCUGGGGAGUUCCAAAGUGCUGGCAAAGAAGGAGCUCUCCUACAUGCCUAUCAUCGGCUGGAUGUGGUAUUUCCUGGAGAUAGUCUUCUGCAAGCGUAAGUGGGAGGAAGAUCGGAAAACAGUUAUGCAGAAGUUGCUGAAUCUCCGGGACUACCCUGAAAACUUUUGGUUCCUGAUUCAUUGUGAGGGAACAAGGUUCACAGAACAGAAGCACCAGGCUAGCAUGCAGGUUGCUGAAGCCAAAGGCUUGCCCAAGCUCAAAUAUCACCUACUGCCACGAACAAAAGGAUUUGCUGUCACCGUGCAGUGUUUGAGAAAUGUAGUUUCAGCCGUCUAUGAUUCUACCCUCAAUUUUAGAAAUAAUGAGAAUCCAACAUUGCUGGGCGUUCUAAAUGGAAAGAAAUACCAUGCAGAUUUAUAUGUAAGGAGGAUUCCAUUAGAAGAAAUCCCAGAAGAUGAGCAGGAGUGUUCUAAUUGGCUCCACAGACUAUAUCAAGAAAAGGAUGCAUUCCAGGAAGAGUACUACCGAACAGGAACCUACCCAGCAGUCCCUAUAGUACCACCCCGACGACCAUGGACGCUUUUGAAUUGGCUUUUCUGGGCCUCAUUGCUGCUAUAUCCCUUAUUCAAGCUGCUCGUCAAUAUGAUCAACAGUGGAUCAUCACUAACAUUGGCUAGUUUUGGAUUUGUCAUUGUAAUGGCUUCCGUUGGUGUCAGAUGGAUGAUAGGUGUUACAGAAAUUAACAAAGGCUCCACCUAUGGCAACAAUGACAACAAGCAGAAACAGAAAUAGUAUCUUCAGAGACUGCUUCAGCCCAAAGGGAACAAAUGCAACCUCUGAAAACUCUUAAGUGCAUAUCAUGGUCCUUCAAGUGAGGUCAAAGAAAGGGUAGGAUGAGCAAUUGCCAUGCAUAUCUGAAUUUGCACUCCUGUUAUUUUUCUUGUGGGGUUUGGGCUGGAUUACACUCUUGAACGAGGCACUCCUUCGUACACUCUUCCCAACAGGUUUGCAUUUGUUUGGUUGGUUUGUUUUCGUAUAAAGUGUCUCAAGAUUUGAAGAGAAAAAAUUCAGUGUGCUGGUAUGAUGCGACUCUACUCGGAAACUAAUUGAUGGUUGCUGAGGUACGGGCUUUAUCUUGGCUUGCUCUAAGGAAGGGAUUAAUGUCAGAAGACUGUUACAAGAUGAUUAAAACUGAUAGCUGUCUAGCUCACGUGUUAGCAGUUUAAAAAACAGUAAUUUGCCAGUGUUCAAAUACAGUCCGAUGCGCUGCUUGGUGAUACCACUAUUGCAACUCUACUAAACUGACAGGAGUGCAGUAGAAUUUUUUUUUACAUCUAGAAUUUAUCCUCACAGUGAGCACCACAUCAGCCCCAGUCAGACUGGCUAGGGGCCCGUUUUGUUGGCUCAGAGCCUUGCAGUGGCAUAACCUGCAGAAGAAUUUGGGCCUGUGGCCUGAGCAGAGAGCUAAGCUACCCACUGUCACAGCCUAGGCAAUACUUAGUGGUAGAGCUGAAACAUCUUAUCCUUCUGAGAAUAAAUGCCAUUCAUAGUUUGGAAAAUGAAAAAUAGGUAACAAAUUACUUUCAGCUUUAAACACAAAUUCAAAUUCUAGGCCUUUCUAACAGCGAUGGAAACAGAAAACAGCUGGGGGUGCUGUAACAAAGUAAUACAAAGCGUGCAUUAAAAGUUAUUGCCCUGCACCCAUACUGUUGUGAACCUAAUUAAUCUGUUGUCUGUCUUUUUUGAAAAUUACUUUAUGUAGUGCCUCUUAACAGUGUCUGAGGUAAUAUUUAAAUUACCUUCUGCUUUUCUUUUGGGAAAAAAAGAAGGGAGUGGGAGAGGGACCUAGGACAGAGGUAUGGUGUGCAGUUUUUUAUGCCUGGGUGGAGUUUAUUGACACCCUUCUGAAUUUAAUAAAAGUAGGAUCAAGUUCCCUGGGAAAACCAUGUUUCUCUCACAUUCCCCUUGUACUGAUUGCUAUAGACGUCCUCCUCUUGGUUUGUUCUUGUUUUGCUCUUUAAAGUAAGAGAACAAAACAACAACUAAAUUUAAACCCCAAAGUUACUGAUACUGAGCAGUGGGAAGUAUUCUUGGCAUGUUCAGUGAUGUUACAUUUUCUUCAAGUUGUAUUUCUAGCAGCUCGUAAAAACCAUUUAUUUUUUUGUUACAAUAAAACUGAAGCCAGAAGCAACAAAGGCUAAUAUGAAUCAUUCAAUGAAAUAUGCAUUUGCUGUUCUGUACCAUCAGAUCAUCUAGAAAGUAAUCCUUUAAAUAUGCAGUACCUAAAGAGCAGCUACGGUGCAUUUAGCAUGUGGCAGCAAUAGCUGUUGAGAGUGAAUGCAGUUAGUAAGAAGUACGAUAUGAAGGAAGAAAUAGGCCUUGCAUCUUUGUGAGGGUCUGGUUUUGUAGGCUUUUGUCUCUUGUGCACAUGCAUUCCCUGUGCUCUGAAGCAUACUGGAGUAAGUUGUGUAAUGUGUCAUAAGAAUAAUCAUGAGCUUUGGUUUAUUUCUUUAACACACAAAAUAUAGCCAGAGCCCAGAGGAUACUGCCAUGCAUAUAAAGCAAAGCUGUCUCUUAAUAAAGCAUGUGCCCUUCUGUGCUGAAAUGCAACCACGCACCUGUAUUGGCUAAAACAAUCUUAGCAGUGGACAGCACAAUUACAGAGUGUGUACAUCUGAGAGACUACAGUAUUGCAUUAGGAGUGGAAGCUAGCCAGCCCUGAAGACACUGUAUACAACUCUUUGCAAAUGGGUGGGAAAGGAAGAUGGAAAACAUCUCUUCCAGCUAGCAUUUCAUUAUGGUAGAAUGAACCCAUAAAUAGGUAGAAGUUCUGAGCAGCAAAUACAUAUUCAUGUGAUGAAAAACAGCUCUUUUUUUUCCCCCUUUGUAAAGAACAGUUGACUUAAUGUGCUACUAGAGACCUCUAAGAUCCCUUACCAAUCUUAGUCCAUUUUUCUGUUAUUGCACACAGUACUACUUCUCCAAGAGGAAAAUACCAAACACAGUAUCUCAACAAACUAUCUCAACAUUUAGGAUAUUUCACACAGGUUUCUCUUGGAGCAGCCCUUGUAACAGGGCCAAAGAUGCCAGUCCUGGAUCUAAGUCCCAGCAGACAAGGGCUGCAACCCAAUACCCUUCCAGUGCUCACUGGCCAACAGAGAAGGUUUAAUGGUACUUGCCAAAGGUAAACUAGCCCUGGUCACUGUAUUAAAAGAAUGACCUAUGUCUGUAGCAAUCAGUGUUUGCCCUUCUUCACCACAAACAACUGUAUGGUCUACAACUGCCUUAACAAAAGUAGUCUUACAUUUGUUUAUACAAAAAAAUAAAAAUGUGAAAAGCUGAA